AUGCGGGAGAAAACCUUUAAACUGCCCGUGCGGCAGUUGGUCAUUCUAUCAAUAUGUCGCUUUGCAGAACCAGAGAUGAUCGAAGAAAUCGGCGUCUCCAAAAAUGAAGUCGGAAAAUGGGUGGGAAUCUCUUCCGCUGUCACCUCCAUCUGUCAGGCUACCAUGGCCGUGCCUUGGGGAGCGGCGUCAGAUACCUUCGGCCGGAAGCCCAUCAUUCUGACGGGACUCUUCUUCACGAUGAUAUUUUCCCUAGUGUUUGGGUCUUCAAAGUCUCUGGGGAUGUUGAUCACUGCCCGCGCUUUCCUGGGGCUCAUGAACGGAAAUGUCGGCAUCAUCCGAACCAUGGUAGCCGAGAUGGUUCCGGAAAAGGAGCUCCAACCUCGGGCCUUCAGUGUCAUGCCGCUGGUUUGGACCAUCGGCAGUAUUUUUGGUCCCGCCUUUGGAGGCGCUUUGGCGCGUCCAGCCGUCAAGCACCCGAACCUGUUUGGGGGGUCCGUGUUCCUGAAGGAAUACCCUUUCAUUCUGCCUAACUUGGCCUCUGCUGUCUUUUUUGUGAUCGGCAUCACCACCGGGUGGUUAUUCCUUCAAGAAACAUUGGCAGCCAAAAAGGACCGUCGUGAUUAUGGGUUGCUUGUUGGCGACAUGCUGACGCGUCCUUGCACUUCAAAGCGAAGAAAGUCCCACUUCAAGUCGCAAGACGACGAGACCACUGCCUUGCUGGGGGACCACCGGCCCAAGAGAUCUAAUGCUAAACGUGCUGUCAAAAUCCCCAGCUGGAAAGAUGUGUUCACACCGCAAUCCAGCAUCAUUCUGUUAUCAUACUCUACAAUGGCGAUGCAUAACAUGGCAUUUGAUUCACUCUUCCCAGUGUUCUUGCACAGUCCAGCCCAAGUGAGAGACGGCAACCCAGACGUCAAUCUGCCAUUUAAGUUCAUUGGCGGGUUCGGCGUGGAUUCACAAACCAUCGGCAUCUACUAUACCCUCAUCGGAAUCAUCGGCAUGCUCGUGCAGUUUCUAGUCUUUCCUACUGUAGCAAAGAAAUACGGGGUUCUGAACUGCUAUAAAACUGUCGUCGUGAUAUUCCCGGUCCUGUACCUGUUGACUCCCUUCACAGCCCUGACGCCCGAUUCUCUCCGACACGUUACGGUGUUCCUGCUCAUGCUGGGAAAACUGUUCAUGUCGAUCUUUGGCUUCCCAUGCAUCACCAUCCUCCUCACCAACUCGGCCACCAGUCUGAGUGUGCUUGGGACGCUGAAUGGAGUGGCCACCAGCGUGAGCGCUAUCGGACGGGCCGCAGGGCCCGCCAUCUGCGGUGCGGCAUAUUCAUUUGGGGUAAAGGAAGGCUAUGUGAUCUUCCCCUGGUGGCUUCUAGCUACGUUUGCCUCCGUGAGUGCUAUUCCCGUUUUCUGGACGGUUGAGUCAGAGGGGUACCAGGGUAAUAGCGAUGAUACCGACGAUGACUACGAUGAUGAUGGUGAUGACGGCCGUCUUGUUGAAGACAGUGAGGAACCCGAUGCGACUAUCGCGUACGGGGAGGGGUAUGGGCCUACCGAUCCUCGCUCUAGAAGUCUUCACUAG